AUGGGUUGUGAGGUCACUCACAAGGAAUGCAGCUGGGGAACUGCAGGCCUGCGAAUUUGUGCGCGAGGCGUUUCUAGCCUGCCUUGCUUGCCAGCCAUUUGCUGCGGUGAGCGGAAGCAGGAGCAGAGCCAGCUGCUGGAGCUAGAAGGUGCAUCCUUCGAGGCGCUCUUUACACUUGGCGAGCUCAUCGGCCAUGGAACCUUUGGCAAGGUUUACGGAUGCCAAGCAUACGGCGGCACAGAUCUUUGCGUAAAGAUUGUUGGAGUGAGUGGGCGACACGCAGCAAGAGCCGCCAAGCUUCCUAACGAUGAGAAGCUGGAACUUUUGAGGCUGUUGCGAACGCUCCACCAUCCCAACAUCGUCCGCUACCACCAGUUUUUUCAGUCUGCUGAUGCAAUGUACAUCGUGAUGAGCCGAUGCCUGGGGCCGGACCUCAUGGACCACAUGGAGGCGGUUGGAGAGCUCAAGAUGCAGGCCGUGAAAGAUAUCUCCAGGAUGAUGCUUCUUGCCAUCGAUGCUGUUCACCGCCAUGGCCUGAUGCAUCGAGACAUCAAGCCGGAGAACUUCAGAUUCAAAGACUCGGAUGCAGCGGUGCUCCAGUUGUUGGACUUUGGAGGGGCGAAGGUUGCCGGAGAUGUGCCCAAGGCACACACGGUGACCGGCACUCUGCUUUAUGUUGCGCCAGAGGUUUUUGACGGCGUCUAUACCAAGUCCUGCGACGUAUGGAGCUGCGGCAUCGUGGUGUUCCUUCUGGUUUCCGGGCAUCUGCCCUUUCAGACCUCGGACGUCACCAUCCUGCGCUCCAUGCAUCGGGACCCUGUCCUCACCGGCGAAUGCCUCUUUCGAGGGGAGCGGUGGCGGCAGGCGCCAGCCACGGCACGGGGCCUGGUGCGGGGCUUGCUGAGCGAGGCCGCCACCAGGCUGACCGCCGCUGCUGCCAGCGAGCACCCCUGGUUGGAGAGUGGUGAUGCAGAGGCGGAAGAGUCCGAUGAAAGCUGCGUGGCGUCAUCUGGGAGUGGCAGUCACGAGUUGAAGAGGACGUACUUCGCGUGGAAUUUGGCCGAGUCAGACGCCAGCGAGACCUGCUCAGAUUUUCAGCUUGAGGAGGUGGGCAAGCCCAUCGUUGCUAAGGCAUGA